AUGGGACUAACGUACGAAACCGAAGCAGACUGGCUAAACAUUUCUACUUCCAAUUUCAAUGCAUCCAAGCCUCUACACCUUGAAUCUCCUCCAGGAGAUUUCCCCAUUUGUACCGAUACUAAGGGAGAGUUCGCACCUUUCUGCCUCCCACAAAAUGGAACAGAUGUCAUCGUGGAUGCGACGUACUAUGUGACCUGGAACGCCGAUUUCUACCCUCUGAAUGCUACGAUUACUAUAGAGUUGAGGUUUUCGGAUUCGACCGCAGGGGAUUCAGCCUUUACGUCAGAAAAGACUGGUAAUAGCUACGGAUAUAUUCCCUUACAUAUGCGCGAAGAUUGGCUCCAGGGAAAGUCACAGAAUGAGUUGACCCUUUACAUCAUCGAACUUGACCUUAAAUCGGAUAGGCGAGCCAAUGCUCAGCAAGGGCCGACAGUCACGCUGCGGCGUAAACCCGUCGAACACCAUAAGCCAUCUCCUCAAUUACCGUUCAACAGACUAGCACUCUAUAUCGGGCUCCCAGUGAGUCUCGCCGUGGUAAUUGCCGUCGUCGCCGGUUUAUUUUUCGGUAUGCAAGAACGGAGAAAGAUUGGACUGGGAAAUGUCAUGGGCUCCCGAGGUUCUGGAUAUGGGGUUGGAAAGUCCAGGGAUCAGCGCCUGCGGCAUAACAAGAAAGAGCUGAGGAGGGUUGAUGGUAUGUUGCCCCAGAAAGAGCUUGUAGAUGAUGUUAAUUCGGCUUCAGAAGACAUCAGCGAAUCGGCCUUGUAUAAUGACCUCGAACGCACAGCAAGCUAUGUAUUUAACCGGGACGAUUCGAAGCUUAAGAGUUGGAAAUUUUGA